GUUGUAAUGGCUCUUCUUCAGGCGGCCUCAAGAUGGCGGCGUUGCUAGUGACAGCGCGUCCCCAAGAUGAUGAGGAGGAGGGAUUUCCUCUCUUCCUCUUCAACAUCACUCCACCUCUUCGCUCCUUCCCGAGGAUGCAUCGGCGUGCUGUGCACCUGCUUCCAGCCUCGUUUCAGUACAAUAACCCAUUUUAACUUACUCGUUUACUGGGAACCAAACGAAGCAUCCUCUGGUACCAGAGAGGCCUUGAUACAAAGAGACUGGAAGCAACCUAACAGAGGAUGUGUUGAUUUUUUUAUUUAUUUAUUUAUUUUAGAUCGAGAUUCAGCAGUGAGACAGCAUCUUUGCCGGUGACACAUCAUUAGCCCCACAAGUGGAUAAGCCCUCCAGGACACCAUGUCGGACAAAAGUGACCUGAAGGCAGAGCUGGAGCGCAAAAAGCAGCGCCUCGCCCAGAUCAGGGAGGAGAAGAAAAGGAAGGAGGAGGAGAGGAAGAAGAAAGAGUCGGACAGCCAGCAGAAAACAGAGGUGACGCCAGAAGAUUCAGACUUGGACCGCAAGCGCAGGGAGACCGAGGCCCUGCUACAGAGUAUCGGCAUCUCCCCCGAACCUCCUCUAGUUCCUACACCCGUGUCCCCCUCUAAAUCGGUGAGCACUCCCAGUGAGACGGGAAGUCAAGAUUCAGCUGAGGGAGGGGCAGCAGGCAGAUUUAGGUCAGGUUUCUCUAAAAACAAGCCCCAAGCACAGAGCUCAAGGACACUGCAAUGGGACACAGACCCCUCUGUGCUGCAGCUGCAGGCUGAUUCUGAGCUCGGGCGCAAGAUGCAGAGGCUCGGGGCCUCUAAGAUCACACAGGUUGACUUCCUUCCCAAAGAGGUGGUCUCUUACAGCAAGGAGACACAAACACCUGUCAACAGCCACCUCUCUGAAGUCUGCUUGGAAUAA